AGUCAUUCAGAAAGAAAAAGAUUAUUGAGUGGAUAACCUCAAAUACAUGUAUAUAAAGACUGUAGCAAGAGAUGUCAUUGGCUCAUGCCAGCAGAUUGUGUCUGUGGAAAUGCUAAGUUCCAGGCUUCCAUGCUAAGACUUCACUCUGUGUAACAGUAGAUAGGAGAGACAUGUAGAUAGAUAGACUACAGGAUACAUACAUACAUACAUACACCAGUAGGUCCGGGUGUGCGUUCAGUGAAGACUAAACCAUUCCUGUUUGAAAGUAGAUUAGGGGAGUUGAGUCAUACAGUUUUGUAAUUAUAUUCUAAUUGCCUGGUGAUGUAAACGUAGCCUUAUGCAUAAUUACACAGACUUUUAUUGUAGUAGAUGUUGGCAUGACAUACAGUAGGUGCUUUUUUGGUAUUUUUGAUAUUUGUGAUAUCUCUGCAAUCUGGUGGAUAUGUACAUAUAUAUUGUAAUUACAUAACUGUUAAUAACAGUAAUAUUGUUACUUGUGUGUUUUCUGGAUAUACAUGAAGACAUAGCACAGAUUCCAGUGUUUUUCUCAAUGAUAAGGGGACACAUCGGGCAAUGCAGUGCUGUGAACCGUCUUCAGUAGUACAUGUAUGAAAGUUGCUGUCGGAAUAAACUUGAGACUGCUUUUUGGAUUUUACAAAUGUGCAGACCUGUGAAUCAUGCCGCUAAUCAAACGCCUCAUCGAGCCUGUCUACGUAAGUAAGGUGAAGGUGAGCAGUAACGUCCAGAAUGAGUUAGAAUGUGUGAACAAUCACACGCUGGCGAACAUUACUCGCCAGCUCAGCAGUCUCAGCAAACAGGCCGAUGACAUGUUUUCGGAACUCUGUAGGGAGGCAGCUAGUUGCUACAACAGAACCAUCCGUCUACAACAACGAGUAGAGCACUUAGGGGCAAGGGUUACCCAGCUGGAUGCAACAGUAGAAGAAGUAUCACUAACAGACAUCAACCAGCGUAAGCCGUACAAGAGUCAUGCGGAAAAGGACCAACAGGUGGUGUCUAGGAAGACAAUACCAUGUGCAAUUGUAGAAACCUACACAAGCUGUGACCCUCCUCCAGCCCUCGAUAAGCUGGAUGUCUACAGGGAUGAUGGGAAGAGUUGUAUGAAAUAUUACACUGACCCUGGGUAUUUCUUCGAGCUGUGGUAUUAUGACAUACAGAAGGAUAUGGAAAAGCAGAAAAAUGAAUUACGAAAUAAAAAGAAAAAGAGACCAAGAGGAAGUCGUGCAGAGCCAAAACAAGUCAAACCAGUUAAAACAAAAAAAGAAGAAUACCAGAAAUGGGCCAUGGGUCAGGAGUUUCGCACCGAUUAUGAGACACCUAAUAUACAUGGAGAGCCAGGCCAGCAUCGGCCCAGUAGUCUGGAAAUCGGUGCCCCCACAGGUAUGACGCAUCAUCCUGAACUGAUGGCACCGAAGGCGGUCAACCAUCAACGAGAUCCUCGGCAGAUGAACGGCCCUGUACAGACGCCAACGGCUCAGCGCGAGUCUCACCAACCUUCACCGGUCAAAAACCACAGCCCCUACCAGAGCAAUCAACCUCAGUACACGCACUAUGAUGCCGCACGUAGCCCUCAGGGACAGGCUGUUAUAUACUCCCCCGAUGGGCGGCGCAUGGUUCAGAAACAACCGGGCACCCCAAGCCGGCCGGCAAAUGCCCCACCCCCUCCCCCAGCAUUGAACCAGCGACACGAGAGUCCGUCAACGCGGGAAACGCUUCCACCCCCUCCUCCUCCACCACCUAUGGAGAUGGGGAACCAGAACAGCCAUUACCCUGGUCACAUGGCAAACUCUCCUCCGCACCACCCCCAGCAGCAGGUACAUCGUGGAGGCACCCCAGUGAGCUCACCAGCCCGACACAACACCCCGAGGACCAUGUCACCCAGGGAUUCGCCCCUCAGGCAGACAGCCAUCUCUUCCAGUCCACAGAACCACACCCCGGAUAGCGUUGAUCUUCCCCCUCCACCCCCUCCCCCGCCUCAAACAUCACACACACCAGACACCCCCAUCAGCUCAGACUCCAUGCCCCCACCCCCGUCCCCACCCCCAUUCGAUCACACAGCCGCCCACCCACCCCCGCUGGCACCAUCUCCACCACCACCCCCUCCCCCACCUCCACCCCCACCCCAGUUUACAGACAAGGUAGACCCAAUCCCAAACGGCCAUGUAGUGGGGCUAGGAGAUGGCAGCUCUAUUUCCUCCAAUGUGAGCUCGAUGACGGCAUCUUCGGGGCGCUCUGUAGAGCCUAAUAUGCCCACUGUUAACCCUGCUGAAGAGCGCAGUGCACUACUGGCCGAAAUCAGGAAAGGCACAUGGAAAUUGAAAACUGUGGAAGAGAAAACUAAAGAGGAGAAGAAGCGUCCAACUGAUAGGUUUGAUGUACAAGCCAUCAUGGACAAGGCAUUUGAGAUCCGGAGAAAAGCUCUGGAGAAUAGCGAUAGUGAAGAGGAGUCAGAUGAAAACGACUGGGAGGCUUAGUGAUUGACGCCAAUGUCCAUGCCCACUGUAGACGGGCAGGACAGUUGUGGCUCAUCUUUGUAAGUGAAUUCCUUGUGAAUAGCUCAUGCAGUUAAAGGUGUACGGCAAACACACAAGACUAAAGACAGAAUGCUGGAAAAUAUUUUGAUCAGCACUACAAAUAUAUACAUGUAGCAGUGCUGAUGGAGUUGCUGCGAGCCGUGGAACUGCCAGGAGGUAUGGAUUUGUCCGAGAGAGGCAAUCUAUGGACAUGUUUGCACAUGUAUUAUGUGGGGAAAACCUCCAGCACAACAUGUGUGUACAGAUGUAACUCUUUGUUAUAAUCCUCAAGGUAAAUCUUCCAAACAAAAAGCACUUUAUUUUUGUGUUAAUAAAUCUGCACAAUAUUCUGUUAGAAAUGACAUAGAAAAGUGGGCAUUGCAGGGAAAUGGGAUCACAGUGGUGAGUUAGGCUUCUGUCUUUGUAGAUGAUUAUACACAAGGGCUGUGUAUGUGAUUGUCUGAUUGUAAUUCUACGUUUCGUAAACCUUUACUUGGCAUGGAGUGUAUGAGAUUAGCCUCAUUGGUUUUCAUGUGUAAAUUUGAAGUCUUCAUUUAAACGCCUGAACUUCGUAUGAAUGCCUCCUCAAGAAGAAUCAGUUAGCUUAUGCAUAUUGAACUACAAGAUUAGGUAUCGUAAACAGACACCUUAUGCACUUGAUUGACGAGAUACUGCUUAACAAUUUAAACUAAAAUAUGAAGUACUGUCAUCCUUAUAAAUGUACAUUCCCGUGGAAUAAGUGUUAUCCUGUCAUAGGAUGUCAGAGGAUCCACCUGGUUGAACGAUUAUUCUCUUGACUGAUUCAACGAGUAGGAUUCUCCAGGACAUUUAUAGGAUGAGAGGAAAAUGUUAUCCAAGGUCUGAUAGAUAUUAGCUUAAAGUCUAACCACCAUAAUGCUGGCCACCGUCGUAUAAGUGAAAUAUUCUUGAGUACGGUGUAAAGGACCAGUCAAAUAAAUAAAUCAAUCAAAUAAAGUUUAAUGAUUGCAAUCUGAUUGUACAGCACCAGCUUGAGUGUUGAGCUCAAAGUCCAGUUCACUUGUCCAAAAUGUGAAAUACUGGAUUUUGGAGUCGUGCAGUAGUGUAGCACCAGCUGAGUGAUUCCGCUUUGUGGCCUAUUACGUUCAUGGGAUAUAAAAACCCUUGCAUCACAGUUUGAAAGCACUGUCAAUUUAAUCUCCAAUUAAAACCUUUUCCUGUAGAUCUGAUGUCAAUUUAUGUGAUUAAGUGGCAGUUGACAGCAUCACACGAGUGGAAGAAAAUUUUUACAGCUUUAAUGUGGAGAAUAUCAUUUGUUAACAAUAUUAAGAUAGGAACAUCUUGAUUUGUAUAAGCCUAUCUUGCCACAGUUUUUUUUUUUUUAAGUUUCUUUUAACAUAGAUUUCUGUAAUUUUUGCCAGUUGAUGAAAUAUGAUCUUGUUUUAAGUUCUCCAUUUUGUAUCUGACACUUUCAUCUCCCCUCUGUGGAAGGUAGUUAAUAUGUUUAUUAUUUCCUUGUUUGCAGUCUUUCAGAUGUGCUAAUGUUAGUAAACUGAGACAAGCACCAGUUAUGUGCGUUUGUGAUCAGAGUAUUAAGGUCAGUAAGAUGGCAAGUCGUGUGUCAAUUCUCAGACUUCAUGAUUAUUUCCAUGGACGUCUUCAGUUUUACUAACAGUUUUGGUGUCCAGCUGACUUCUGGACAGUGAUUGUUGAAGAAGAUGUUGUUCAAAGAUUUUGCACAAAACGUGUGCGGUGAAAAAAUUUUUUUCAAAUGAUAACCUGGUUCUUAUAGGAUCAGUUGUUAAUUUAUUGAAAACGUGAAAUGGAGGAAGGCAUUUUGAAACAUCAGAAUUUCAUUAUCAGGAUCUUGUACACAGGCCCACAGUUGUCAUUGGUGAAAGGGAAAGAAGUUUUUUUAUAAGACUGGGUUAUUUCCCUUGCUCCCGCUU